UUGGCAAGCAACAGCGCAUAACUUGACACGACUGGCUAAUCUAUUUCUGGCUGUCUUUUAAACAAUAAUUCCAACGCCUCCUCCUCAUUCCUGCUAAUUGCUAUAAUCAUUUCCUCCAAAUUGUCUCAUCACCGACACAAAAACUCUAGAAGAAAAUCAUUAUUUGCAUCAAAUCCAUGGGAAAGGCCACGUCUUUCAAGAAUGAAUUCACAUUUGAUGAGAGACUUGGAGAAUCAAAGAAUAUUAUUGUCAAGUACCCAGAUCGAGUUCCUGUUAUUAUUGAAAGAUAUUCGAGGACGGACCUGCCGGCAAUGGAAAAGAGAAAAUUCUUGGUUCCCCGAGACAUGACCAUCGGGCAAUUCAUCCACAUUUUAAGUAGUAGGCUAGAGUUGACUCCUGGAAAGGCUCUGUUCGUAUUUGUGAAGAACACAUUGCCUCAAACAGCAAGUCAAAUGGAUUCAAUCUAUGAAUCUUACAAGGAUGAUGAUGGCUUUCUGUAUAUGUGCUAUAGCAGCGAGAAAACAUUUGGCUAAGCUGUACCUUCCUUUCCCCUGAAUAGUUGAUUUCUGUCUUUGUAAGUAUCAAAUAAUUCUGUGUGGACAUACUUGUGAGGCUCAACGCCAAACUCAUGCAAAUAAGUGUUCACGUGAUUCCUUCUGUAAAUUAUGACAUUCUGUAAAGUACAUUAAACCUUCUUUUCACUUCUAUAGCCGAAUGGAUUGACUGGCAAUUACCGUGGCCAAUGUAAUCUUAUACUUGACGAUUUGUCUGGCAACUGUAUUAAUAUAAACACCGCCAUGUCCUCAGUUUUUGCU